UGCAGCUCCCCGCCGGCAGAGCGAUGGUCUCUGGCUCGGCGGCCGGCAGCAGCAGCUCAUGUUGUCCGCUCCGAGGGAGACCUUCCCGGGUGUCACCUUCAGCGGAGCGCCGGCGGAGGCUGGGAUGGACCAGGGGGCGUGUCCUAAGACGCUGGGCUCCUCCAAUCAGCUGCGGCUGCUGCUGCUCUACAUCCUGGUUCCCACCGUCAGCCUGCUGGGGGCGCUGUUGCUGCUGCUGCUGGGCCUGGCCCUGACAGGUAUUUUCGGCUCCGCCCCCCUGGACUCCAGGCCCCUCCCCUCAGACAGCAGCCAUGGUUACCAUAGCAACAGCACAUCGUCCCCGUCCAGCGCCUCGUUGUCCGAGAGGAUCCAGGUGGGACAGGUAGCGUCCCACAGUCAGAGCACACCUGCUGCUCCGCACGCCUCUCUGGCCCCGCCCACCCAGCCGGCCACCAGGCUUCCUGAUUGGCUGGCCUCAGUGACAUCACUGAGCACCACCGGGCCGGCCGGCUCCACCGCGGCACCAGACACAGGUCGGUGUCAGCUGGUCCUGGAGCCUCAGUGCCACAUGCUGCCCUACAACCAGACCUGGCUGACCUCCUCCUUCGCCGUGGUGAAGAGUUCAGAGGUCGACAUGUUGCUGAGGUUCUUCAGCUACCUCAGCAGACUGUCCUGCUACAGACACAUCCUGCUGUUCGGCUGUUCGCUGGCGCUGCCCGAGUGUUUGGAGGCCGACGGUACCAACAGCAGGAAGGUGGUUCUGCCCUGCGCGUCGUUCUGUGAAGCGGCCCGGGAAGGCUGUGAACCCGUCCUGCAGAUGUUCAACACCUCCUGGCCCGACUUCCUGCGAUGCUCCCAGUUCAACAAGAUGGCCUCGUCACCUUCAUCAUCCUCAUCACCUUCAUCAUCCUCAUCAUCCUCAUCACCUUCAUCAUCCUCAUCAUCCUCAUCAUCCUCAUCGCCCGUGGCGACCAGUGGCCUCACGCCUCCUGCCUGUUUCUCACCGCGUCAGAUCACCGGAAAACCCUCUGUGUGCGGCGGGAAGGACAACUUCCUGUGUGCGACUGGAAUUUGUGUCCCUCAGAAACUGGUGUGUAACGAUUACAACGACUGUGACGACUGGAGCGACGAGACACACUGUGAAUGUCCUGAUGAAGAGUUUCGGUGCAACACGGGUCGCUGCCUGAGUCCGGUUCUGGUCUGCGAUGGUUACGACGACUGUGGAGACCUGAGCGACGAACUGAACUGUGUGUGUGACCUGUCCCGGGAGCACCGCUGUGGGGACGGACGCUGCGUCUCCAGGGACUGGAUCUGCGAUGGAGACCACGACUGCCUGGACAAAAGUGAUGAGACCAACUGCUCCUGCAGGAGCCAGGGCCUGCUGGAGUGCAGGAACGGUCAGUGCGUUCCCUCGGCUUUCCGCUGCGACGGCGAGGACGACUGCAAGGACGGCAGCGACGAAGAGUUCUGCAGCCGGGAGCAGAACCCAGCAGGCUGCCUCCCCGGUCAGCCUGGCUGCAGUUCCUCCUCCUGUCCAGCGUGUGGAGCUGGUACCAUCGCCUGUGAUCCACGGAGCAACAACUGCUCGCGCUGUGAGCCCAUCACCCUGGAGCUGUGCAUGAACCUGCCCUACAACCAGACCAGCUUCCCCAACUUCCUGGGCCACCUGUCCCAGAGAGAGAGCUCCGUGUCCUGGGAGUCGUCCUUGUUCCCGGCGCUGGUCCAGACGGGCUGCUACCAGUACCUCAUGUUCUACGCCUGCACCCUGCUGGUCCCUAAGUGCGACCCGCUCAGCCUGCAGAAGGUCCCUCCCUGCAGGUCGCUGUGCCGCCACGCCAAGGAGAAGUGUGAGUCGGUGCUCGGCAUUGUGGGUCUGCAGUGGCCUGAGGACUCCGACUGCACCCAGUUCCCAGAGGAUGGAGGAAACUCCACCUGCCUGCUGCCGGAGGACGGAGUGGACGAGUGCUCCCCCAGCCACUUCAAGUGCCGGUCCGGCCGCUGCGUCCUGGCGACCAAGCGCUGCGAUGGACACCCGGACUGUGACGACCACAGCGACGAGGACAACUGCGGCUGCUCUGAGCGCGCUCUGUGGGAGUGUCCCGGCAGCACGCUCUGCAUCAAGCCCACCAUGAUCUGUGACGGCUUCCCAGACUGCCCCCUGCAGGUGGACGAAGCCAACUGCUCGGUCUGCAGGGACAACGAACUGGCCUGUAACAACCACCAGUGUGUUCAUCGGACCCUGUGGUGUGACGGGAAGAAGCACUGCUCUGACAGCUCCGACGAGUGGAACUGUGUCUCUCUGUCGGAUCGGUCCGGUUCUGUUCUGACCGUGUUUAAGACGGCAGCAGAGUAUCAGGUCUGUGCCGACGAGUGGAACCCGGACCUGAGCAACCUGACCUGCAACCAGCUGGGACUAGGGGCGCCGUCCUCGGUGUCCAUGGUACCUGACCAGCCUGGGGUACCUGGCCGUCGCCGUUGGUUACACGUCCAUCCAGACUGGAACCUCAGAAACGGUUCUGCUCUGCAGGCCCGACUGGAGAAGAGAAGCCACGCCUGCCACUCCAGGAGGAGAGUUUCGCUCCGAUGCUCCAGAGCAGAGUGCGGUCUGCGUCCGGCGCUGGCCCUCCGACCUCACAGGAGGAAACGGAUCCUGGGGGGCCGGGUGUCAAGGCGCGGGGCGUGGCCCUGGCAGUGCUCGCUGCAGAGCGGCCAGAGCGGACACGUCUGCGGCUGCGUCCUCAUCGCCCGGCGCUGGGCUCUGACGGUGGCGCACUGCUUCGAGGGGAGGGAGAACGCAGAGCUGUGGAAGGUGGUUCUGGGCCUGACCAACCUGGACCACCCCGGCGCCCACAGUCAGACCCGCAGCGUUCGCUCCAUCGUCGUCCAUCCGCGCUACAACCGGGCGGUGGUGGACUACGACAUCAGCGUGGUGCAGCUGGACUCUGAGGUGGAGGAGACGGCCCACGUCAGGCCGGUGUGUCUGCCCCGCCCGGGUCAGCUGCCGACCCCGGACUCCUACUGCUACAUCACCGGCUGGGGUCACAUGGGCAACCGCAUGCCCUUUAAGCUCCAGGAAGGCGAGGUCCGCAUCAUCUCCAUGGCGCAGUGCCAGUCCUACUUCGACAUGAAGACUAUAACUCCCAGGAUGCUUUGUGCCGGCUAUGAGGCUGGAACCGUGGACUCCUGCAUGGGCGACAGCGGCGGCCCGCUGGUGUGCGAGGAAGACGAGGGUCUCCGCUGGACGCUCUUCGGCCUGACGUCCUGGGGCAGCGUCUGCUUCAGCAAGGUGCUGGGGCCCGGCGUGUACAGCAACGUGACCCACUUCACCGCCUGGAUCCAGCAGCAGAUCUACGUACACAGCUUCCUGUCCGACUGACGCCGGCAGGAAGUGAUGUCACUGCUGGCGUCAGACCGUCUGACUGUGCCUGAAACCACAGAACCAGAACCAGAACCUCUGCAUCCAUCACACUGGACCACAUCACACAGAAACAUUCAUGUUUUCAUUUCCAACCAGUAAAUGACGCCUGGUCCCACUUCUUUAUUUUUAUAAAUGUAAUCUGGUUUAAAGUCCGGCAUAAACGUCUCUGUGGUGUUUAAAUAUUAAAUAACUUCAAACAGAAACUCAGAGGAAAAAACAUCCAUUUAGACCUUGAAGAUCUUUUAACUGUAUAAUUUUCUUUCAAUAGAAAUUUUAUUUCUGUUAAGAUAAAAAAAAAUCAUGUGAAUAUGGUUUAUCUAAAAUAUUAAUUUUAUCAAAUAAUCAAGAGCAAAAAGACAUUCAGACCUGUUUAUUAGCAACAGUAGAACAUUAUAGACAAGGAGAAAUGUAAACAAAUCUAACAAACUAUUAAAUUAGCCAAUUAUUUAAACUACAGAUAAAUUAUGUUUUUCUGCAUUUCAUUUAUGAAACAGUUUCUCUGUGAUGUGAAGCACAGAUGUAGCAAACUGAUGGCAUCUUAUUUAUAUGAAGACCAGCUCUGUUAGCAUUAGCUCUGUUAGCACUAGCUUGGAUAGCGCUGGCUCUGUUAGCGUUAGCUGUGAUGGUGUAACUCUGUUAAAACCAGCAGACUGAUUUUAGUCAUAAUCAAUAAUUAAGGUUUAAUGUGUUCACAAACAUAAAUGAUUAAAUGAAAAUAAACACCAUGUUUUAUUUUAUCUGAGAUUGUUAGCAUUUAACUCAACUAGCUUAAUGCUAAUAGCUUGUUUUAGCAGGACAAAGUGACACAAAUUCAUUUUCAUUUUAAACAUCUUCAGUUAUAAAACACCCGGAAGUUAUUACAGUUUAAAACAGCACAAUGUAUUAUUUUUGGCACAAAUUAACCGUAAUGAAGGAGAUCAGUGUGUUUAUCUGACUGACAUAUGAUUCAUAACGCUUAAAAUAAUCAUGUUUAGUUACAAAUAUUUAAAGCAUUUAUGACAAAUACUUGGAUAAAGUAAAGUUUUCUGUUUGUUCUGGUAAAUAUUCAUAAUUUUGCUGAAUCCAUGUUUUAGUUUCCAGACUUAUUAAAGGUUUGGGUUCUGGACUCGACUGGAUGCUGAAUGUUAACGACAAGGAGAACAUUAAAAACAUUAAGAACGUUAAAAACAUUAAGAACGUUAAAAACAUUAAGAACAUUAAAAACAUUAAGAACGUUAAAAACAUUAAGAACAUUAAAAACAUUAAGAACGUUAAAAACAUUAAGAACAUUAAAAACAUUAAGAACGUUAAAAACAUUAAAAACAUUCAGAACGUUAAAAACAUUCCUCUGCUGUUUGGGUUUCUAUCAGUGUUUUCUACAGCUUUUUGUAUGUUGAGCUUCUCACAGGACUGUGUGUGUGUGUGUGUGUCUGUGUGUGUGUGUGUGUGUCUGUGUGUGUGUGUGUGUCUG